AGACACACACAAACUGCGGAGCUAUGACUAAAUGUCUGGAGCAACCACCACAAGAGAGAGACACAAUCUGAGCAGCGCUACUUCACAAUCAGGAAGACGAGAAACUUUUAACGGGAGUCGGCUUUCAUCUCAAGUUUGGGACAAAAAUACAAAAAGGCUCUCAGUUUUUGAGGAGCUGGGCGCUGCUACCUCACAGCCAUGAGUUCCCAGGCAAGCUUUGGCAGCAGCAUGCUGUUCCAGACGAUGAACGAUGACCUGAAUGCAUCGCUGGCUACAGCAGAUGAGUUAUCCAGAGAGUUCAACUCCUUGCUGAAGGAGGCCUCCUCCAGCGAUACCAACAGAAACUCUGGGGUUGAGACCAGCUCUCCAAUCUCCAGAGAGAAGCCUCUGUCUACGGUGCUGUCCAGCACUCCCAUCGCUUCAGGAGAUUUCAGUAGCAGCAGUAAUGGCAGCUCCAGCCCGAUGCCUUACACCCCGAGCCCAACAACCUACCGUUUGCAGGACUCUGUCCUCUACAGCAAUAAAACCGCACCAUCCUCCCCUUCUGUUUAUACCACGAGCCCACGCUCAUCCCCAAAGAUCCAGAGAAGAGCACGCUCUCCGAACCUUCAAACCGGAUACAACAACUACUCAAGCACAGGCCAGCAGAGCCCCAGACAGUCACCUCGCACCCAAAGGCGACAUUCUCCCUCUCCCUCUCGUUACAACAGGAGCCCACGAGGCUCAGUCAGUUACAUAGAUAGAUCCCCUUCUCCAAGCCCCACCGCUGCUCCUUUUGACCAGCUGCCUCGGUCCCCCUCAAUGCACCCCUCCUCCAACCUGCUGAGCCCUCAUGACAGCAGCUCAAUGGGCCGCAGGUCGCCUCGCUCAGGGAGAAGCCGGUCUCCUUUGUCUUUCAAUCAGCCCACGUCCAGCACACUUCCUCGAAACUUUGGUGGUUUCAGGCAACCUGAUGAGGCGGUGCAGAGGCAGAAGAGCCCUGGCAAGUGGAAUGAGACAGAUCUGGAUGUGUCCUACGAGAAGAAACCUCACCACACUUAUGACAAGACAGAGUGGCUGCGGCAGACUGUGCCAAACAGCAACUGGAGGGAAUCCAACCUCGACAGCCCUCCUCCGGCCCCGAGCCCCAAAAAGGAUCCUCGCAUUCAGCCCCUUAUCUAUUCCCAUGGCUCUCUCCCCCGCAGCCCGCGGAUAACAGUACCUCCAGAUGUUUCAUCUCCAGUCCACUCCCCUUACCACCCUCAGCCCAUCAUCUCCCGUAUUUCCAUUCCUCCAACUUCUACUCAGUCUCGUCAGCGCAAGCCAAUCCCUCUCUCUGUCAUCAUGCGUCUCCAAAACCCCCACUGGGGAGCGAUGGCAGCCCACCACCCCAGAGUGCUGGGAGAAGAAGGUGAUAUGGCACCUUACCAACCACCUGCACCCAUCCCAAGGGAAUUCUUCCACCAACCUGUACCUCAGCCGCUGCAACACCCACCUGAGCUCAGACAGCCAGCUGUAUACAUUGAUGCGCUGAACUCAGGGGAUAUAGAUGCAGAGUUGGAGCGGCUGGACUUUGUUCAUCACAGGCCUGUGAUUUCGGAGAACCCAAACACGCCAGAGGAUCGAAGUGAGGGUGCACCCCAAGUUCCCCGGCCCCUCAGCCCCACCAGACUGCAGCCAGUGGUGGCCCCUGAGAGCCAGGUGAUUCCUGACAUGGAGGAGCUGCUCCGCAUCCGGGCAGAAAUCCCCCGAGCCCUGAAGAGACGGGGCUCCCAGGACCCUUCACAGCCCCUGAAGAGUGCCUCCCACUACCAGCCAAACCAGUACAAAAAUCUCAUCGACAAGCUGUUUCGCAGGAAAGAAUCUCGGCAAAAGGGGGAGCAAGGUAGCGAGACCAGCAGCUCCUCAGACGGAGAGGACUUCGCUACACCUCCUGCCCGUCUACCUGACACCUCGGUGCAUCAAGACCUCAAAAACUACCAUUCCAUCCUGCGGCGCUCUAAGCGGGAGCAUAAGAGCUCUGGGAGGCGAGCUCGACUCAGCCCGCUUGUCUUGCUGCUGGACGGAUCAUUGGUGGGAGAACUGGCGGUAGUUCAGAAGGCCGUGCAGGAGAUGAACGACCCGAGUCAACCCAACGAUGAAGGCAUCACCGCCCUUCACAAUGCCAUCUGUGGGGGCCAUUACAACGUGGUGGACUUCCUGGUUCGGAUUGGAGCCAAUGUCAGCGCACCAGACAGCCACGGCUGGUCCCCGCUGCAUUGUGCGGCCUCUUGUAACGACCGUCCUCUGUGUGAGUUUUUGGUGAGGAAUGGAGCUGCUGUGAUGGCCAUGACAGAGAGCGAUGGCGCCAUUGCCUCUCAAAAGUGUGAUCCUUUUGCUGUUGGGUUUGAGGAGUGUGAGAGCUUCCUUAGGGGCAUGGAGGAGGCCAUGGGUGUGGAGAACAGCGGGGUGCUGUACGCUCUGUGGAGCUACCCGGCUCAGGCACCUGAUGAGCUGAGCUUCAAAGAGGGAGACAUGGUCACCAUCCUGCAGAAACCUGAAGGGUCGGAUUGGUGGUGGGCCUCGCUCUGUGGCAGGGAGGGCUUUGUUCACACACAACAACUUUGGGGGUUUGCUGAGGUGGCCAUUCAUGUGGAGAUGUUGCAGCCGCAGCUCUCCAAAUGA